AGAGACGAAAAGGAGAAGUGUCUGUUUGUUCAGAGACUCAUAAAGUUGACAGAGCUGAGAGCAACCCCUGGGGACGGCACAGAGGUUCUCGGCUCUCAGAACCCAGAAAAGGACAGCUCCCUGCAGGUGUGGGGCACACCCGGAAAAAUGCCGAGAUCCUUCCUAGUGAAGAGUAAGAAGGCACACACCUACCACCAGCCUCGUGCACAGGACAAUGACCUGGCCUGGCCUCCUGCUAUAAUUCCUGUGGCAAAAGAGCAUACCCUGAGUAGCAGCCCGGUCCUCACCACACUGCUCCCAAGCCAGACCCUGGACUGGAACACAGCCAAACAGGAACAGGGCAUGCUGCUGGACCAGAGCCUACCCAAGAUGGCCUCAGCCCCAGAGGGGCCCCUUGUGACAUCCCAACCUCAGGAGGGGGAGUCACCGCUCUCCGAGUCACCCCCUUUCUACAAGCCCAGCUUCUCCUGGGAUAUGCUGGCCUCCUCCUACAGCCACAGCUACCAGCAGACCCCAUCCACCAUGCAGUCGGCUUUUCUGCAGCGCUCUGUGCGGCUGUACGGCAGCCCCCUCGUGCCCAGCACCGAGUCACCCUUGGACUUCAGCCUCCGAUACUCUCCGGGCAUGGACACUUACCACUGUGUCAAGUGCAACAAGGUGUUCUCCACCCCUCACGGGCUAGAAGUGCAUGUCCGUCGCUCCCACAGCGGCGCCCGGCCCUUUGCCUGUGAUGUCUGUGGGAAAACCUUUGGCCACGCGGUGAGCUUGGAGCAGCACACACACGUCCAUUCCCAGGCUGUCCCAGCCGGGUCCAGUCCUGCGCCCAACUUGGCUGUCCCGGGCCUCGAGGCCCCACCUGCACCUGACCCCCCAGGGCCUCGUUUCCUCCGGCAGGAGCGUAGCUUCGAGUGCCGGAUGUGUGGCAAAGCCUUCAAGCGCUCAUCCACCCUGUCUACCCACCUGCUCAUCCACUCGGACACUCGGCCCUACCCCUGCCAGUUCUGUGGGAAGCGCUUCCACCAGAAGUCAGACAUGAAGAAACACACCUACAUCCACACAGGUGAGAAGCCCCACAAGUGCCAGGUGUGCGGCAAGGCCUUCAGCCAAAGCUCCAAUCUCAUCACCCACAGCCGCAAGCACACGGGCUUCAAGCCCUUCAGUUGCGAGCUGUGCAGCAAGGGCUUCCAGCGAAAGGUGGACCUGCGGCGCCACCGUGAGAGCCAGCACAACCUCAAGUGAGACUGCUGGCCGGCCUGCUCCAGCGUGCCGCACCCGGAGGCCAGCCCACCACGCCAGUUGCUCUUCCUGGAAGCAGCACCAUCCUGAAGGCUCUGGGCUUCUCUCUUCGAGACCCUCGGAGUUGCUGGGCGUCCUCAAGCAAGCCACACUCCUUCUCCAGUUGCCGCAAGGUGUAAGACUCAGCUCGGGCCUUUCUGAAGCAGUCACAGAUGUACUCUGGGUCUCAUCCUAUGCCAGAGCAUGGAAAGCUACAGGACCCCGGAACAGGGAUGCCACAACCAGACAAGAGCUGGGAGCCACAGACACACCCUCUUGUUUGCUUCUCUGGGUCUGGAGACUUUGAAUUCUUAGGGAUUCUCCUUCUGGCUGCCCCAGAGUCGCGGCUUGUCCCAGCUGGUCGGGCACCCCUCAUCUUCAGCCAGAUGAACUGGCCGUCCCCCACCCGGGACGGCAUUCUCUGGCCUCUGGAAGUCGGUCUCCUCAGUUGCACCACCGGGCAGUGAAACCAGUGAUUAGUGCGUGGGAAGCUUGUGCCUCUCAGUCGUUGUAAAUAGAAAUAAAGGUGGAUUUGUUUCCAUGCGACACCGUUUGU